AUGUCUGCACUUAAAGCGAGCUAUCGGGAGAAUUCGUCUGACAGCUCCACCUCUCGACAGAGAAUGUCGGUGACACGAGACACGAUCAGCAGCAAUGGCUACACAUUACUGCCCUCGCCCAACACGAGCGAGAAGAGCUCGACCAGCUUUAGGAGGUCAUCGACAGUGCUGUCGAGAUGGAUACAAACAGUCUGCAAGCGAUGGGUCAUCUUAGCAUGUGCGACAUGCAGCUUGCUCAUCAUACUCGUUUUUGCGAGUAAGGGCCCUGUACGCGACAAUCUGCCAGCUUGGCUCAAGACUCCUCCCAACUCAGAUGAAGGGAUAUUCUCCAUCUUGCCCAUCUCUGCGAGCAGGACACCACCUAGCUGGCCGGAGAAGCAUAGACCGGCAUCGUCACAUAGACAGGGCGAAGCACCAGAUGACAUGUCAAUCGCCCUCGCCAAUGCUGUCUUCCCGCUCCCCAUCUUCGAGAACUAUGUGGAGAUACCCUAUCAUACCGAACGACGCAAAGUCCUCACCGAGCUCAUCCACUGCCAUCUGCACAACAUCUGUACAGCCGCACAGAAGAGCGUUGUCUUAAUCGGCGCUGGGAGAUUCUUGUGGGCUUUCGACGACACGUUCGACAAACCCGCCAGUUUCGCAAAUGGCGAAGCGAUUCUCGGGAAAUCCUUCAUAUGGGGUCUAGAGCAGCUCGAAGUGCCUUAUAUCUUUGUCGAGAUGGGGGCCGAUGGCUCAGCAGGAAUGCUACAAAGCCUUGCUAGGAUACACGCCAUACUGACAACGUCUGUAAGAGCAGUCGUACUAGAUUAUCUUUCAGAACCCGAAUGUCUGGCGAUGGAGCGAUGCGUCGAGAGCAAAACGUUUGCUUCUGGUAUUCCGCCCUGGAAGAUCUUUGUCUGGGAUGGACUCGGCGGUCUGAUGGAGUACGAGAAAGAAUACAGGUGGCCGUGGCAUCUCGUCGGCCAACCCAUGGGUGUCAAUUCUACUUAUCUCGGCGUCACUGUCGAACCCGACUGCAAGGGACUAUCCUUCACGCCCAUGCAGCAACGGAAGAACACUGCUUUCAUCUUCGGCAAAGAACGACAUUACUUUUCGUCGCAACGGGCUGCAUGGAACGAGACAGAUUACAAUGCGCUAGAGAAGGAGACAGGAUUGGUUCUCACGGUCGGAACCCAGCCUGUCACCGAGUGGGAUGACACACCGCUGCCAAAAGUAUUGAGCAACCUGGGCACAUUCUCCAGGACGGAAUUUAUCGAGACUCUGGGGAGUGCAAGAGUUGUCAUCGGUCAAGGCAAUCCGACUGAGUCUCCGACGCCUUUCGAGGCGAUGUGUAUGGGUACGCCGGUGGUCAUGCCAUAUGUGCCCGUGGGAGUGCCAGAGGAUUUCGAAUUCGAUGGCAAGCGAGAGCAUUUCUGGGCGCAGCACAGUCAACUCAUGAUCGAGAAACCGCCCCACGUUUACAAUGUGCGUGCGCACGAUGCCCAUGCACUCAUCAAAGCAGUCAAGGACGCCCUUGCCAGACCGCCAAAAGGGCCUUACAUUCCGCCUGCGCUGACGGGAAAUGCCUACGUCGAGCGCGUACGCGAGUUCUUAGACACGGAUUGGCAUGCACUGCAUAGCAUUGCCAUGCGCACGCUCGCUUGA